GCCCGGCCCCGCCCGGCCCGGCCCCCUUCGCUCGGUGGGGAGCAAAGCGGCCGGUAGCCCGUCGUAGCUGUUAGCACUACAGAGCCGCAAGUCUGGCGGACAGCAGAGCCCCCAGCGCCAUGGAGCCGCAGGCACAGGGCCUGUUGGAAACCCAGUCAUUGCAUGAAGCAGAUGAUGAUGUGGUCACUGAUGUUGAUUUCACCACUAUGAUUUCUGAAGAAGAAAAAGAAGAGUUAAAGAUUGAGCUAGCCAAGCUAGAGGAUGAAAUUUCAACUUUGCGACAAGUGCUAGCAGCCAAAGAAAAGCACCUGGUUGAAAUUAAACAAAAGCUUGGCGUAAGUCUGAUGAAUGAGCUGAAACAGAACUUUAGCAAAAGCUGGCAUGAUGUGCAGACAACUUCUGCUUACAAGAAAACACAUGAGACCCUGAGCCAUGCAGGACAAAAAGCAACAGCAGCUAUCAGCAAUGUAGGAACUGCUAUAAGCAAGAAGUUUGGAGAUAUGAGAUCACAUUCGAUUAGUUACUCUAUUCGCCAUUCCAUAAGCAUGCCUGCAAUGAGGAAUUCUCCAACUUUCAAAUCGUUUGAGGAGAAGGUUGAGACCACUGUCACAAGCCUUAAGACCAAGGUUGGUGGGACAAGCAACACAGGAGGCAGUUUUGAAGAAGUUCUCAGCUCUACAGCCCAUGCCAGCGCUCAGAGCUCUCUUGCUGGAACCCGAGUCCCUGAGAGUGAAGAAGAGCUUCAGUGUUAGACCACAGCGCUCCUGAGCCUCACAGGCCUCUCUGAACAGACUUGCCCAGCCAGUGAGCUUCAGACCUAUCCCACCACCCAAUUUGUGCAACCAGAUUUUGUCAGUUGCCUUCCUGGCCUUGUGCUGGAGAAACUUUUCCUAUUUGUAUUUUUGAUGGGCCAUUUUAUCAUCAGGUACUUUGUACACCAUAGAAACCACAUGCAAGUCAUUGACUUAAAUGCUCUAAAUACUAUGUUAUGUGACCAAAAGAGUUUUCAUUUAACCUCCCUCCAACACUUCCCCAGUUUGUUUCUUUAGUUCAGUUUUCUGUUGGUUUCCAACUCCACUCUCAGUGCCACAUCAGACAGAUGGACCCAGAGCUGUGCAAUGAUUCCUACUGCCAGCACGAGUCCCUAUACCAGCUGCCUACCAGGCGUACCAGGUGCCCUUUGAUCAGGAGCGUCUGUACAUGGUCUAUUUCCUAAUGGAAUUAAAAUCACUUAUUGUCACAAAAGGUUUUUUCUCCUUCACUGGUACAGUCUGGUGUUGCCCUUCACCCAUUCGUCAGCAGAGUUGAGGAAGACGGGAGGAGACACCUUAGUAAUUCAUAUGGAAACUGAAUU